UGCGCCUAUUCUGCAAGCCGAUUGGCUGUCAGGUGUACGCCUACAGGAACAGAAUUUAGGGACUGUUUCGGAGGAUCCGAGUUUCUAGGCCCUUUGCUCGGCGUUGCAGAACGGAAGUGGGGAUCAUUGUUUGUAAUCCACUUGGUGGGGAUCCAUCCGGAUGGCUUUCGUGCACAUCCGAGCAGCCAAGGAGGGAGACUGUGGAGACCUCAUGAGGCUCAUUCGGGUGAAAAAAACCAGCGAAUUGGCUGAAUUCGAGAAACUCUCGGAUGAGGUGAAGAUCAGUGAAGAAGACCUUAGAGCCCAUGGCUUUGGAGAGAAUCCUUCCUAUCACUGUUUGGUAGCAGAGAUUCUUCCAGCACCUGGAGAGAGACAGGGGCCCCGCAUUGUGGGUUAUGGACUGUAUUUCUUCAUCUACAGCACAUGGAAAGGUCGCAACGUUUAUCUGGAAGACAUCUAUGUGAUGCCAGAAUAUCGGGGUCAAGGGAUUGGUUCCAAAAUAAUAAAAAAGGUGGCUGAGGUGAGCAGAGAAAGGGGAGCUACAAUUGAGGCCCUGAAAAGACCAGGAUAUGUGGCCCUGGAUCAGGGUUGCUCCCACUUCCGCCUGGCAGUUCUGGAGUGGAACACGAGGGCCAUCGAUUUUUAUAAGACCCUAGGAGCCCAAGAUCUAACCCAAGCGGAGGGCUGGCAUGCCUUCCGCUUUGAAGAGGAGGCAAUGAGGAAGUUGGCAGGAAGGUGAUGCCAUUCCUUGGGAACCUCUCUCCACUGGAGCAUCUCUGCCCUCACCUGCCCAAGCACUCCCCAGAGACAUGCAUCCACUGGCCUUCUGGAGGAAGAUCCCUGGAGGACAGGCAGCAUAAUUAAGGAGAGGCUUUUAUAAGGGUGAAAAUAAAUGAGAAUUAAGUGUGUCCUGAUGUGGU